CGCCCCGCGUCAGCGAUGGCCGCGGAGCUGAGUAUGGGGCCCGAGUUGCCCACCAGCCCGCUGGCCAUGGAGUAUGUCAACGACUUCGACCUGCUUAAGUUUGACGUGAAAAAGGAGCCUCUGGGUCGCGCCGAGCGCCCAGGCCGACUCUGUACGCGUUUGCAGCCUGCUGGCUCGGUGUCGUCCACGCCACUCAGCACGCCGUGCAGCUCGGUGCCUUCGUCGCCUAGCUUCAGCCCGACCGAGCAGAAGACCCACCUCGAGGACCUGUACUGGAUGGCGAGCAACUACCAGCAGAUGAAUCCAGAGGCGCUCAACCUGACGCCCGAGGACGCGGUGGAGGCGCUCAUCGGCUCGCACCCGGUGCCACAGCCGCUGCAGAGUUUCGACGGCUUCCGCGGCGCGCACCACCACCACCACCACCACCACCCGCACCCUCACCACGCGUACCCGGCCGCCGGUGUGGCCCACGACGAACUGGGCCCACACGCGCACCCGCACCAUCACCACCAUCACCAAGCCUCGCCUCCGCCGUCCAGCGCGGCCAGCCCCACGCAGCAGCUACCCACCAGCCACCCCGGGCCGGGGCCGCACGCGGUGGCCGCGGCAACAGCGGCGGGUGGCACCGGCAGCGUGGAGGACCGCUUCUCCGACGACCAGCUCGUUUCCAUGUCAGUGCGCGAGCUGAACCGCCACCUGCGGGGCUUCACCAAGGAUGAGGUGAUCCGCCUGAAGCAGAAGCGGCGGACCCUGAAGAACCGGGGCUACGCCCAGUCGUGCAGGUAUAAACGCGUCCAGCAGAAACACCACCUGGAGAAUGAGAAGACGCAGCUCAUUCAGCAGGUGGAGCAGCUUAAGCAGGAGGUGUCCCGGCUGGCCCGCGAGAGAGACGCCUACAAGGUCAAGUGCGAGAAACUCGCCAACUCCGGCUUCAGGGAGGCGGGCUCCACCAGCGACAGCCCCUCCUCUCCCGAGUUCUUUCUGUGAGUUGUGGCCAGUCUCGGCCCCCGCCCUUGCCCCGGCCCGGACUCCCCAUCCCGUGUCCCCAGCCCCGGACCCUCUCGGACCCUGUCCCUGCCACAGCCCCAGCCUUGACCUGUUUGACUUGGAGAGGGAGGAAGGGCGCGCGGGCCGCGGGCGAAGGGCGGGCGCGCGGGCGGGCAGGGACCUCGGCCAAGGCAAGAGCAGCGCGCGCCAGCGCUGCCUCCCAGACUCGAGCAGAGCCCGAGAGACCAAGGGGUGGGAGGUCCCGGAGCAACUUUUCUGCAGGCUGGAGGGCAGCGAAGCAUAGUCCCAAGGAGUCGCCAAGACCCGCUGGAGACUUCUGGUUUCAGAACUUUGUGCGUAAAACCCGGGCCGCUUCCUGGUUGCCUGGAGCGCAGUCUGCCCCAGGAAGAGAGCAGCGGGGAGAGGAGAGAAAGGGGACAUUAACGUCCCAGCAGGCCCGAGACAAGGCUGCGCGGAGGACGAAAGGACAGAUGGACCUGUCUGUCCAGGGUCCGGAGAACACCCAGGCCUGUUAGGACGUUCAGCGCGCAAACCUCAUCAGUUUGAUUGCCUGCUCGAUUAUAUAGAAAAAAAAAAUACGAAAAUCUGCAUUAAAAAUAUUAAUCCUGCAUGCUGGACAUGUAUGGUAAUAAUUUCUAUUUUGUACCAUUUUCUUGUUUAACUUUAGCAUGUUGUUGAUCAUGGAUCAUAUCCCCCUUGUUUCUUUGGGUGGAAGGGAUCGCAGUUCAGAAACUCCCGCGGCUACGUGCGCUGUUCGGGUUUCAGUCCCGGCUGUAGGCUUGUAAAUACCCGCCCCGCCAAAUCGCUUAGAGAACGUGGCCGCAAGCUGAGUGUCUUUGUUUGGGUUUAUUAUUGACUUUUUUUUUUUUUUUAA